CAUCAUGACUGGAAAUUACAUCUUUAUCAUUUUGAUGUUCGCAUUAUUUUCCUACGGUGGGGGUCAGGACAUCUCCACAUCACGUUUCAACUUCUCGUACGGCUCAGAUGAAUUCCUUGCCAUUUACCAAGAACAAAAAUUGCCUUUGACCAUCACCGUAACCGAUAUGGAUCCAGCCAUAACAACAGGGUUUCUGCAACUGCGAAGGGCAGAUCCUGAGAUCUUUGACGUCCAAGGGGUUACGAACGUCAGCAUCGCAUCUCUCGGAAAUGCACCAGUCAAUGUCUCGACAUCCAUCAAGGGAUUGUUCUUUGGGAUCAGUACGCUACAGAUCUACUACACAGGUGAUGCAGAGGAUGAAUUGGUAGGUUCUUAUGUCGUCAAGGUGUCAACGAUCCCGACCAUUCUGACACCCGUCUUCAGCUAUCUGACUCUCAUAUGGCUAAUCAUCUCCUACAUCAUGAUGGGCAGCAAGAUCAAGGUGGGUGACAUCUGGAGCAUCUUGAAGAAGCCUUGGGUUCUUCUCCUGGCUAUGGUCUGCCAGUUCUUUGUCAUGCCGGCCCUGGCUUUCGGGUUGUCCAAGGCUUUCAGUCUGGACAAUACUGCAGCCUUAGGUUUGAUCAUGGUAGGAUCCUGUCCCGGUGGGUGGCUCAGUAACAUCUUUAGUCUUCUCCUCGACUGUGACUUCAUCCUGAGUCUUAUCAUGACUCUCAGUUCCACCAUCGUAGCCAUGGGCAUGAUGCCUUUCAAUCUUUGGCUUUAUGCUCGUACGUUCACUACUGGAGAAGAGAACCUCGAGACACCAUACUUUGAUCUCUUCCUUCAAAUCCUGUACCUGAUCAUUCCCGUCGGUCUGAGCAUGAUCAUUGCUCGAUUCUCAUCCAAAUUCACGAAAUACUGUGAAAAGUGCCUCAAGCCAGUCGCAUCCAUGUGCAUCAUUGUUGCAAUCAGUGUCGGGACACCCGCUCAGGUUCACCUCUACAAGAGUGCAAGCAUCGAGGAGUACGCAGUCUCGGCAUUGCUCCCUCUCUUCGGAUGCAUCGCCGGUUUGAUCAUAUCCAAGAUCCUCUGCAUCAAGCGGAAGCAGGCCGUGACGGUUUCCUUAGAAACCGGUUCUCAAAACAGCCUUCUGGCGUUCACCAUGCUGUCGCUUUUCUACCCAAGACCUGAAGCAGAUCUUAUAGGCAGAGUACCGUACAUCAUUGCUCUUCUUAGUCUCUGUGAGGGUAUCGUUGUCUUUAUCAUCUACGUCCUUACCCGGUAUGUUUUCUGCAAGGAACGGUUCGCUAAAAAAGACAAUGAUAGUGAAGAGAUGUCUUCAAUGGAAAAGAAAUUACCUGAGCCGGCGAAGAACGGUAAUGACGUUCCAUUAGACAUGUCAGAGGCUAUUGAUCCUUCUUCAAUUGUGGUUGGGUUGGAUACCAACACUGAAGACCAGGGCCACGUCAAUAAAGCUUUUAAUCAGUGA